CGCUACGUAUAAAUACAGUCGGUGAAGCACGGGUGUGUUUCACUCCGGUUUGAGACAACCAGAAAAGUCGACUACAGUCACAAAGCUUGUUCCCCGUGUGGGAUUGCAAGAAGGUUGCUAAAAUGCGUGGAAUUUACAUAUGCCUUGUCUUCGUCCUGGUUUGCGGUCUUGUUUCUGGACUGGCUGAUGUUCCAGCAGAAAGCGAGAUGGCUCAUCUUCGUGUCCGUCGAGGGUUCGGAUGCCCGUUUAACCAAGGAGCCUGUCACAGACACUGCCGCAGCAUUCGGCGCCGGGGUGGCUACUGCGCUGGCCUAAUCAAGCAGACAUGCACAUGUUACCGGAAUUAACAAUUCCGAAUUGACCACGAACAUGAAUAUUUCCUAGCUGCAUUUACUGCUGAUACUGGAGGUCCUGCAUCGAAUGGUGUAUGAAUAUGGUUUUAUAUAUGAACGGUAUUUACGGUCAGCUUUAAGAGUAACUACGCUUUUGAACAUUGUGUCAGUAUAGCGUUUGUGCACACACUGGCGCUUUACUUUAGCAAGCUUACAACGUCACUUCUGUUUCGUACAUCAGAAAUGCUUUGACAAUUCACUGUCAACAAAGCGAAAUGUGCGAAAUAAAAUUAUUUUUUAGCUGCACUGACUAAA